CUGAAUCAUCUGAUACUAAAAAUCCUUCUAACUUGUCCUCCUCAUCAACAAAAGGGAAAGAGAAGGUAGAGGCAGCUGCAGAAAGUUCUAAUCAGUCUGAAAAAAUUAAUUUGGAAAAUUCGAAAUUGAAUGAAAUUGUUGAAUAUAUUAUACAUAACAUUAAUGAUAUAAAUAAGCCUGACAAAUUGAUACAGUCUAUUGACAGAAUGCGCCCUGUUAUGCUUAAAAAUAAAUAUUAUACGAAAAAGGAUAUCAGAAUAUUGAACGGGUUUGAAUUUUUAUUUGAGAAGGGGGAUGGGGGGGGGGGGGGAGGAUUGUAUAUAAGAGGGAUUGGAUGGAAGAGGGAUUGGACAAGAGGGAUCGACGUUGGAUGGAGGGGGGCGGCAGGUUCGAUUUCUUCUGAUCUUAUGUCGUGGGUCCUUCCCUCGCUUUUGAUUAUGUCACCGAUUUUAUUAAUUUAAUCCACAGUUUUAUGAGCGAAAAUGCAAAAAUGUUAAAUCUCCAUCAUAAUGAAGGGAUCCCAAAUCUCCACCCAUCUGAUUAUUACAUAAGACAACAACUUCAAAAAUUUGUUGGAAAUGUAAAAUUUCAAAUAUUUUGUAACGGAAAUGAAAAUCAAUUUGAGCAACUGAGUUCUGCUUUUGAGGGAGUCCGAGAUAGAUAUGGAACUAUGAUUAACUCAGUAAAAGAAACUGUGAUUAAAUCAAAUAAUUUAAGUAAUCAAGCUAUUAAAUAUUACAACGACUUUCGAAAAUACAUUCAAAUUGCUACUAAUUCCGAACAAGCAAAACUAACAUUGAAGGAACUAAUAUUAUCAAAAUAUAGCAAAGCUAAGGAAUUACAACGAGAUGUUCUAAUUUAUGUAAAUCCAAAUGAUUCUAGAAUAAUUGAAUAUGAUCAAUUGGAACCCUAUUUCGAAUUAUACUGUUUUGUUAAAUUUAUCAAAAAUGUAGGAGAAGAAUUUUUUACAAAUGCGAUGGAGACUAUAAAUGAGGUAUAA